ACUGUCGCCUUUAAAACCCCAGCUUUAUCACUUUCACAAGCCUCCUCUUCUUCAAUUUCAAGUCUCGACGACAAAUUUAAAAACUAAACACUUUUCCUCCCUCUGAUCAACUGACUCAUCAAAAGAGCUUCUAUUAAGUAAUUCAAAAAGUUUACUGAAACAAAUCAUUUUUGGCCGAUGCUUUGCUUACUCAUCCAUCCCAUCCCAAUCUGUUUCUCGUACCGAAAAAGCCUCGUUUUCUUUUCUGACGCGGCCCGAAUAUUCUCUACCACAUGACCAAUUGUUAUCUGCCAUGUCACUACAUCUUCAUUUCUUUAUAUUGUGUGUGCAAUAGCCACUCUCGCCUUUAAAACCCCAGCUAAAUCACCUUCGCAAGCCUCCUCUUCUUCAAUUUCAACUCUCUUAUCUCUUUCUGUUCUUAUACUCUCCGAGGCUCUAACCAUUUUUUUUCUUUUUAGAUAGAUUGAGAUCGAAGUUAAGGCAGUGUUUGGAUAAAGGUCAUGUUGACUCCAGUUAUCAAAAGAAUAAGCGAUUUUGAAGCGGGCAUAAGCUCCCUAAACAACCCAACUUUCCUUUCUCAAGUUUAUGCGCUUUCCGGGAUUGAGAAAAUCUACCAAGCUUAUAGUUUUUGGAAGUGGGGAGCUUUAAUUCUUACGCUAGUAGCCUCAUUAACUCCCCUAAUCAAUAGACUCAAGAUUUUGAUCCUCAGAUUCCGACGAGGCCAUACUUUACCAUCCCAAACUCUUCUUUAUGAAACAGAUUUUGACACUGACACGGAUUCAUCCUGCCCAUCAUCGGACGACGAACAAGAAUAUGAGGAGCCGUCCAUUUCUCAGAACUGGCGACAAGUUGAUGAGGAUUUUCGGGUUAGAGGCUCGGGUCAUGUUAUCGACGACCAGUGGCAAAACUGUAAUUUUACCCUGCGAAACAGGCGAAGCAGCAUCGGGGAUAUGUUUUCUUGGGCUCAUGAGCUAACCAGCGGAAAAAGUGUGGUGAAGCUGUGGGACAACCUUGGGUUAGGGUUAAAUUUGGGCCUCGAUGAAAGCGACAAUGUUAUAAACGUUUACGACGUUAACAAAGAAACGACACUCACGUCAAUUUUUGGAGGGAAGGCAAACUUUCAGGUGGUUUCAGCACCUUCAUCGUCGUCCUCAGUUGUUUUGUCCGCCGGCACUGACUGGUCAUCUCGACGAGUUGCUGUCCGUUCGUGGGACACGCGCCUUUAUUGUCGGUUACCGGCGAUUCUAGCAGAAUUGAGGCCGAAAAAAUCCGAGGAGAAAAUCGCAGCUUUCAAUGUCGACGACGUCGAGAAGGUUUACAUCAGGGGUGACGUGACGGGGAAGCUAACCGUGGGUGAUAUGAGGAAGGUGAGCUCUUCGUUAAGGAACUUAACGGAAUCUGACGUGGAUACUUGUUGGAUGCUGACGGCGUUAUAGUCUCGGACGAGUGGGUUGACGAGUCAAUAUGACUCAAUUGACGAAUUUAUUUAGAAAUAAUAAGGCUUGAUUGAAUAUGAAAAAAAUUGUAGAGGGUCGAAGGGCACCUUUGUAAGUAUUGAUUUAUAGUCCCUAAUUAAUUUAUGAGUAGUAAUAUUAUUAUUCUCUUAAAAAAAGAGUAGUAAAAUUAAUUAUUUAUUAAGUAGUGAGUAUUAUUUUUGCUAGGGGUUGUUUUUAGAAAUUUG